AUGGACCAGAACGGAUCUUCUCAGCACCCAGCGGUGAUCUACAAGGCUCAAGUGACGACCGGCCAAGGUCUUUCAACGGGGACUUCAGAUUUGAUCUCCAUCACCUUGGUGGGCCCCAACGGAGAAAGCCCCAAGAGGUUUCUGGACCAGAUUGGGAUGACCUGCUCUCUAGGAUCGGUGGCGGAGGUGGACAUUCCAUGCGACCAGGACUUGGGACCCAUCUUGCUGAUCCGCCUGCAGAAGGAGCCCUAUUCCUGUUUCCCCGAGAGCAGCUGGUACUGCAGCAAGGUCCAAGUGACUAGUCCUCAGGGAGACCUCUUCUGCUUCCCCUGCUACCAGUGGAUCGUGGGUUACUGCACCGUCUCCUUCAGAGAAGGAACAGCUCACAAGCCUUCGGACGACACUCAUGGCCUUCAGCGGAGGCAUCGCCAGGAGGAGCUGCAGCUGCAACAGCGCACAUAUGGGUGGAAGGAAUACCUGCCCAAUAUACCUUGGUGUUCCGAUGUCGAAUCGAUUGUCAGAAUUGAAGACAACAUUACGUACUCCUUCCCUAAGACCACGGCCUUUUUCGGACGUUCAGCGAUUGCCCUCUUUGAGGCCAAAAUGAAGGGCUUCCUGGACAGACCUUACUCCUGGGAGAAGCUGGAGGACAUCCGCAAAAUCUUCUGGUUCUACCACACUCCUGUCUCAGAGUAUGUCUUUAAGCACUGGAAGGACGAUGCUUUCUUUGGGUACCAGUUCCUGAACGGAAUCAACCCCAUCAAAAUCCAGAAAUGCACCGCUAUCCCGGAAAACUUCCCCGUGACCCAGGAAAUGGUGGCAGGGACUUUGGGACGAACGACAACCCUGCAGGAAGAACUGGAGAAAGGAACCAUCUACCUGGUGGACUACAAGAUCCUGGACAACGUCCCCACUACUUUUUUAAACAACCAGAAGCAAUAUAUCGCUGCUCCUAUCUGUCUGCUCCACCAAAAACCCAGCGGAGAAAUUCUCCCUCUGGCUAUCCAGCUCAGCCAGCAUCCUGGUCCUCAGAGUCCCAUCUUCCUGCCCACCGACGAGGAGUGGCUGUGGACCUUAGCCAAGACCUGGGUGCGAAACGCCGAGUUCCACACCCACGAAGACAUCGCCCACCUGCUCCGUAGCCACAUGCUGUCCGAGGUCUUCUCGAUGGCCACCCUGAGGACCCUCCCCAUGUGCCACCCCCUGUACAAGCUUCUGAUCCCCCACUUGCGUUAUUCCAUCUACGUCGACGUGUUGGCGAGGGCGUACCUCAUCAGCCGAGGUGGCACCUACGAUCAGGCCAUUGCCACCGGGCACCAAGGACUAGCGGUGGUUCUCCAAAGAGGCCUGGCGGAACUGACCUACACCCAGCUUUGCCUUCCGGACGACAUCGAAGCCCGGGGGGUGGGCUGCCUCCUCCAGUACUACUACAGGGACGAUGGCCUGAACAUCUGGGAGGCCAUCCAGAGCUUCGUCUCGGGCAUCGUGGGACUCUACUACAAGAGCGACUCAGAGGUGCAGGGAGACGACGAGCUGCAGUCCUGGGUGGCCGAGAUCUUCGCCAAAGGCUUCCUGAGCAGAGAGACCUCAGGCGUCCCUUCCGCCCUCCACACCGUCCCGGACCUCAUCAAGUACCUGACCAUGACCGUCUUCACCUGCUCGGCUCACCACGCGGCCGUCAACGGAGGGCAGUUUGAGAUGGGGGCCUUCAUGCCCAACCUGCCUUCGUCCAUGCGGAAGCCCCCUCCCCAGGCGAAGACCCCCGUCACCCUGCAGGAAUUCCUGGACACCAUCCCGGAAAUGAAUGUGACCAGCCAGAUACUCUGCGUCCUCUGGAUGCUUCGGAACGAGACCCUGGACAUGAGACCGCUGGGCUACUAUGAGGAGGAACACUUUGUGGAGGAAGGCCCGAAGCGGCUCAUCGGCGCUUUCCAGGAGCAUCUCAAGCACAUCACCUUGGCCAUCGAGAGCCGGAACAAGACCCUCCCCCUGCCUUACACUUACCUCUAUCCUCCCGAGAUAGAAAACAGCACCACCAUCUAG